AAGAAGGAAGGCAUACUUAAGUUACUGCUCGCCACAAAUACUGAGGGCUGGAAGAUCAUGCUAAAUGAUCAGUUAGUAAUUGAACUGGCCAACAACCCAAGAGUGAAGGUGUAUAGACUUGUACCAAGGAGCACUCAAGAACAGAGAGACCAGGCUAAGAAGUCAAAUAUUGAACUGGUUAAUGCAAAAAAGAGGAUUGGUUAUUCUGAAGAGGAGCUUAUUGCAUACCCUCCUGACGAUCUCGAUAUUGAUAUUCUCAUCAUGCACUCUUAUGGGCAUAACCUUGGAAAACAAGCCCAAGAUAUAAAGGAAAAAAAGAAUUGCAAGUGGGUUCAUGUUGUUCAUACCAUCAGUGCAGAACUGGCGAAUUACAUGCAGAAAGUAUCCAGCACAGAUGCAGCCAAUCCAGAUUGGUUGUCAGAUCAUGAAUUGCAGUUAGCUCUUUGUGAAGAAGCUGACAUAAUCAUUGCCAUUGGUCCUAAAGUAGCUGAUGCUUACAAAGGCGCUCUUCGUCACUGUGGAAAGCACAAAGAUGUGAUUACUAUGACACCUGGAAUCAUCCAUGAUCUAGCUAGUGUUCACACAGUUUGUGAGGGUGGAGAAAAGUUCCAUGUCAUGAUCAGUGCAACAUAUCCAUCAAAGUAUUUCAGAGUUAAAGGCUGUGACAUUGCAGCCACAGCAAUCACAUUAUUGAAAGACUUAUCAUACAAUCUUAUAUUUGUUGUUUUACCCAAUGACAAUGCUGAAGUUCUGAGAAGUCAACUUAAGGGGUUAAUCAGUUUAAGUCAAUUCACUGUCAAACAUGUCCCAAGGAGCACUGAAAAUUGGAGAAAGGAGCUUUGCCAAGUUGAUCUUGUCAUCUUGCCUUCAGCAGAGGGUUUUGGAACAAGUUGUGUCCGUGCCAUUUCUGCAGGUGUCCCUGUCCUCAGCAGUGGAAACAGUGGAUUUGGUAUGGCACUUAAAAAGUUGCCAUCAGGAAAAAUGCAUGUAUUGGAUUCGGAAGACCNAUAUUAAAUGAACUUUCCCAUAGGGAAAACUUUUUUCUUUGCUAACUUUUGUAUAAAGGUUGACUACAAUAAUAUUUUUUUAUUGUUUGGAUCCACCCCAGUCAUCUCUGUCUCUACAUAUUUGCAGAGUCUGUUUAAAACCUGUAUUGUUUUUCAUACAUAAUUAUGUUGUAGUUAAAAAUUUGCAUCAGGUAACAUUACAUUUUAACUGAUCGAAAAUUUUGUUAUGCCUUUUUUCCAUUAAUUUUUUUUCUCCUUUUCUCAUCCUUCACACACAAAAAGAGGGAUUCAGACUGCAUCGCACUUUCUUCUGAUACACCAUCCUUCUUGUUGUCCACUAGACAACACAUGACUGCAAAUUCCCUGAUUUGGCUUUAAAUUUUAGAAUAAUUAUUAUUAUUCCUGUGUCAUUCCCACACUUACUGUAACUCUAAUGUCUACAAACAUGAUUUGAAAAUUGCUGACCAGUAGUAAUUUUCUCUUGACAAAAUUCCAAGUCAUGACACAAGAAAACUUUAUAGGAAUUAAAAAAGUGAUCACUGAAGGAAAAAUCCUGGAUCUAUUGUCAAUUAUUGAUACUAUUAAUAAUUCUUAAGGAAAUGUAUAGAGAUUAGUCUGAGGAAUUUGUAUGUGGAUGUUGGGGAAGAAAUUUUGCACUUUAUAUGGGUCAAUUAAUGCAGGUUUCACUAUUUGCUAGUAAGUAAAUGAUCUAGGGAAACAGAAAUUGGAGGCAAGAAGGGAAUUAACACAAACUUAACACUCCCCUUUUAUGUAGCAGGUGUUUUAAUAAAUACCUCCACCCACCUUUUAUAUGUUUGAUUAUUGAUGAAUAGUAUAAAAAUGAUCAGUUCAUUCCUUUUUUUUAACAAAGAGAGCCAAAAAGUGGGAGUUGAGCAUACAGAGAAGAUUACACAAGCAGUGAAGUACACUGAGAGUGGAAUGCAACAAUUAGAAAUCAAGAAUUUGGGGGAGCAAGAACAUGACCCUGUAGAUGAGGGAGAUAAGAAUCCAGACAGCAGAAUGGGGCAAGAGAAUGAGGAAUGUGUUGAAUCUGAGGGGGACAAACUGCACAUGCCACAUCACGAGGAGGGCAUUGGCGUUACAAAGACAAGUGUAGAAGAGACUGGUGUUACAGAUCAGAAAUCUGAUUCUUUGGGCCAAACGAACUUUGCACAUGAUGCAGUCGAUGGAGGUGUUAGUCUGCAAACGAAGAGGUCGAGAUUGUCAACCAAUGUCAAAAACAUUCCUUAUGCUCUUCUUGGUAGGAUCUGCUUGAAACUGAAUACAAUAAGUGACCUUCACUUCAACGAUUUUCGAAUGCUUGGGGAGCUAAUGGAAAUUGAAAGAGACUUUAUUGAAUUUUGUGCACAGCCGCGAAACUCAAAUCCGACCCAUAAAAUUCUUACGCGUUGGUGGCAAAAAACUCGAGAACCAACUGUGGAGAAACUUAUUGAAAUGUUAAAGAACGAAGACAUGCAGAGGAUGGACGUCGUAGAGAUUCUGGAGGACUGGGUUGAAAAGGGAGAUUCAAAAUACCUGUAACCAAAAUUGAGUGAUGAAGCAUUGGAAAACAUAAUGCUACAUGACUGUACUAUAAGUGUAAGUACUGUCUGGUCAUUUUUUACUCAGUGUGGAACUCCCCAUGUCAUGGAAGAUUUUACAUGUAAAGGAAACAAGAACUUGAUGGUUUUCAAGGUAUAAAAUUGAGAAUAUCCACGACUAAUUUCUAAAAUGUGAAAGAAUGAUUUUUGGUAUGUUAUCAAAUGCCCGAUAAUAUUUAUAACUAAAUGUUUUGAGUACGAUAAUGUCAGUUAUAGUGAACAGUGGAGGUAUGGUAAUAAUUUUUAAAAAUGUUAAUAGGUUACCAUGAUGCUAAAUGCGAAUUUCAAAUCAGUAAUCUUAGGCCCCGUCCACAUGUAUCCAGAUAUUUUUGAAUCCGCAACUUUUUCUUUCCGGAUUCAAAAAUUUCUCCGUCCACACGCAUACGAUGGUAUCCGGAUUCACUCUAGUGCCCAGGGCUAGUUGGUGAGAAUUCUUCUAACUUUCUUUGCUUCAGCUUCAUAAAGGCACACUCGAUCACCAUUCGUCGGGGACGGGGUUGUGUUCCCACCCGGGUGUUCCCAGUCGUUUCAACUGUCUUUGGCGUCCGAUUCGUCAAUCAGACACCGAUAGAAGCUUGACAAUGUCGACCCGCUGUUUCACAUAGUUUACGUGUACAGUUAACAUGGCUAAAUUUACCUGCAUACAAGACUUGAAAUGAGUCCAGGAAGAAGAGAAAUUAGGGCUACACGUUGUGCCGCCAUAUUGGUUUAUUUUUCGGUAAGAGACUGGACACGAUUUUGCUACGUCAUCGGUCGAUAGCCUGAGGUCAGGCCUUAGAUCAGGCCCAAUUUGAGCGGUUCUCAUACAUUCUCUCUAACGUUUCGCCUUGCCCGCCGGAAUGUAAUUUUCAAAGCGAAACGAAAAUAGAGCCUGAUCUCAGGUUAAUCGGUCGAAGGAUUUGCUAGCCUGAUCGAGCAUCAGGCGUUUCUGAGGAAAAGGGGAAAGAUGGAAGCGAAAAAGGGAGAGAGCCCCUCCUCCAUCUAAAAUCUCCUCUCCCCUAGCCCCUUAGGAAGGCCUGAUACUCAGGCUAAUUCGUUGCGGAUUUUUUUUUUCCACUCUGGGCCGGGUUGUUCAAAGCUGGGUUAAGAUAACCCAGGGUUAGUGCAAAAUUUGAAUUCAGAUGUGAAAGCUUCUAAAGUAAAUUUAGUUUAGUUCUUUUUGUCAACAAGUUGAUGAUCGCAUGCUCUUAAAAAGAAACGGGAUAAUUAUCUAAGAAAAGGCUUUUGAACAAAAGAAGAGGAAGCCAGGUUAAACUUAACCCUGGGUUAAGCGCUAAUCGGCCUUCGAACAACUGGGCCCUGGAGAGCGGAUUCGAAAAUAUCCGAAUUCGCUGCCGAAUUCGCCGGAUGCGUGUGGACGGAAGCCGUACCCGGAAAGAAAAAGUUGCGGAUUGAAAAAUAUCCGGAUACGUGUGGACGGGGCGUUACAUAUUUGCUCAGAGUUUUGGAAAACAGAGAGCCAGUGUACAUGAAACAUACAAAUGUAUGUUAAUUCAAAAGCAUUCUAGCUUGCGAACAAACCUCUCCAAGUGUGGCGAGCAAAGCUACCCGCGAGAGAACGCGUCCCACUCCUCGCAAUCGCGUCUCCUAUCGCGUGCGGCUCUCGCGUGACCUCUCGCGACUUCCCCAAACGGAGAGCUUGCUCGCAGGCUUAAAGCGUUCGUGAAUCAAAACUUCAAGAUUUUGUUUCAGGACUCUAAACCAGUUUUUUUUAUAAAUAAUGGACAAACGCUUCACAAGAGCGCAGGGUUUACCGCUUGAUGAUGGUUUUUAACCCUUUCGGCUGCCAAAGGUAUUAGCAAUCCAGGCUUAAAUUGCACCAUCGUAUCCUUACAUUGCUCAUUUAUUACUUGGAUUUUUAUUUCAGUUGUAUAUUGGUACGUGUGCGAGCGCUCAAUUUAAUUUUGGGCGCGUGCAUUGUUUGUUUAUUUAUUUAAGUUGCGUGUACAUUUAGUUCGUUUAAUAACGUCUUAGUUUUGCUUUGCGUUAUUUUCCUCACUUACAUGUGUUGUGCGCGACUGUGCUCACACGGUGGGUGGCUCCUCCUAAAAUGUUCUGCAAUUGAUAUAGGAUUUAAUGGAGCCGAAACCAACUGUGGAAUUGCACGCAUUUUAGGCAUCUUACUGAUGAACAGUUGGAACACAUAGAUAUAUUUUUUAGCAACUACUAUAAUUUGCAGUCUGUCUACUUUGAAUUGAAAAGGUAUGGCAGUGUUAUUUUAGUUGUGUAUGGUAACAUAUAUAGGUUUGUUCUCUAAUCACUCUGCAGUGAAACGAGAACAAAUCAUUUUCACUCUAGAAACCAUGAAACGCAGACAAGAAUCAGGAAUAGGCAUCUCGUUUAUUGAUAGCUAGAACACGGGCAAAAUACAUGAAUAAACAUACUACAAACUACAGCUAACGAAGACGUAAGCUAACAAUAAUGUCAAUAAUGUACAAUCUGGUAAUAACCUUUCUGAAAGAUUAAAUAUAAUAACAAAAAAGAUAACAAAUACAUGAAAAUUUACAGAACGGUAGCGAGAGAUGCCGUCAAGUGACCUUGAAUCUGCAAAGAACACCUUAUAUACCUGAUAACAAAUAAUCACGCACACUGUCAAAAAUAACUCACGCGACAAAUACCAACACAUCCGUAUGCUAAGCACUGAAGCAACGUGCAUUCCUUAACGCGAGAAAAUACAUUUCCUUACAGUAUGGCAACCCUAGAUGGAUUAAGGCCCUCUUGGUGAGCAAUCUUUGCCCUCUUUGAGGUAAAUUGUCAAUGAUUGCGUCGAAAUAUGAUAGGCUGAUGACUAAGGCAACAAUUGCCCUUGUAUGUCAAAAGCAAUUAUAUUUACUUUUACAGUAAAAAGCCUCCUGUAAUUAUAGAGUAUUUUGUGAUAUGGGCUGUAUUAUAUUUAACUUUUAAAAUUUUUUAACCUGAAGUAUUGUAAAACAAUGCUAUAUCCUAGAGUAAGGCCAAGGCCAAACGUCGAACUUUUCGUGCGACGAACCAUUCGAAGUGAGUUAAGUUUUCUCAGACUACGUUCCUCUGACUGAGUUUUCAAUCGACAAACACGUUCAGAUCCGUCCACUUCAGAAGGCCAUAGAUGGUGUAAAAAAAUGCUGAGGAUUAUUCAGUUGAAAAGAUGUUAAGCUGUUCGUCGGGACAACGAAAACUGUCCGUGCGACUGUAAACUCUUUUGCGCCUGGUAAUUUUUUGUUCUUUUCAACGUUCGACUUUGAUCCAGCAGUUGAACUUACAGUAAAUACAGGCAAAAUUGCAAUUUGGUACGCCUCAUGGCGUUUGGCCUUUUUCUAAGGUCGUGCUAUUAUCUGGAUGUAUUUCGUCCUAAAUUAUAGUUAAAUUUUUUAUCAAAAAUAAUAUCAAUUUAAUGACUGCCUGCUUCGUCGAUGUUAAAGAUUUUAACGGCAGGUUAUGGUGCACCUCUAUUUUUCGGAGAGUAGGGUGUUUGUGUUAUAGAGCGAUUUUCGUAUGACCUUGAAAAAUGGUUUCCGUAAGUGUUCGUUAUUUGUUUUAUCAGCCAAUGGAUGAAAAGAUCAAAACAUGGCCCCUUAGUUUUCCCGCCAAAGAAAACCCUAAUAUGGAGUAGGCAUUGUUCGAUUGGCCAAUCGUGUUACAGUAUGACGUCAAAGCGAAGUAUGGGUUGGUUUCUAGAAAGUUCUCGGGCAUGAAGUUUUUUCACCCGAGUGUUCGCUUAACCAACCAAAAGCCACCCGCGUUUGUAUGUGUUCGAUAAACCAAUCAAAUCGCUCUAUUUCUGUUCGUUUGUUGUUUCUGUAUUGUUCGCGCGUUUUUAUUUCAAGGUCAUACGAAAAUCGCUCUAUCAAAUCAGACAGUAAAUCUUACGAUGCCGGAUGAGGCGUACAGUGGAACCCGGGUAAUGCGACAACCGUUGGCCCAUAAAAUCCUGGUCGUAAUAACGAGGUAGAAGCAUUAAGGGGACUUCAAACUAAUAAAAUGACUCAUAGACUUUUACGUUCUGGUCGAAGGAAUAUGGGUCGUAAUGAAUAGGUGGUCGUAUAAACGGGGCGGUCUUAAGGCGGGGCCCUAAUUUCCUUUCUAUGUUAAGAUAUCCCUGAGAUGUCCAAGAGGAAUAUGCCAAACAAGCCAAGAGACUGGUUGCUGGGUAAUUAUUGCAUAUACUGAUUCAUUCAAGAUUCAUGUCUUUUUUUCUCCGGAACCUGUUUUAAGGGCGUUUUUUAUCCUUUAUUACAUCCGUAAUCCUUGGAAUCUGAUUGGCUCUAAGCAGUUUGACUAUUCGCGAAUCACAGAAUUUUUGCAAAACUGGGCACCGCGCGCAGUCCAUUGAACUCACUGCUAAACUUGAACGCAUUCAAAGACGCCCCAUUAGGUUUAUUUUAAACCUGCCUUAUUCUUCAACUAUAAAUAUUCUCGUCUACAAACUUUAAAUCUUUUACCUAUUUGCUAUUGGCACGAACUAUUGGACCUUAUCUUCUUUUUCAAAGUAACACAUUGUUUGGUCAACGUAGACCCCUCUGUCCUACCUGAUGUUCAAAAGUGCAGAUGGACUAGCUAGAUCCACUACUGCCAAUAAAGCCUGUUCCAGGCUCUCAGAUAGUCUCUUUUCUUCAGAUUUUGUCAUUCUUAACAUUUCACACCGGCUCCUUUUAUUUUAACAGGGCCUGCUGUAAUUGGCCUCAGCUGUUGCAGUGUCCCUGCCAACCCUCUUCUUAAUUUACAGUUUAAUAACAACGUUGUAUGUUUUUUUUUUGUUUCUUCGGCGAAGCUAAUAAAAUAAAAUAAAUAUUUCUGCUAUAGAAAAUAAGGUGUACAAGUGUUUCCGAGUCCACUUUUUAACAAACCGGCAACAAUCAAUUUAAAAAUAUCUUGUAAAUUGUGCGAUUUUUUAAAAAUGUAUGUGGCUGGCUACAAUACACGUAGAGAACUGAGAUGGCCCCUCCCUCCUAGUCUGAAUAUCGCAUAAAUCAUCAAGGAGUGAAACAAACCAUUUUAACGUUUUUCAGAUGGUCAUGAAAAAAUUCAAUCAGAACAAUUUUUUUGGAUACAAUUUCUCCUCACUCUGUAAAUAAAAAGGAAGGACUUCCAGAUUAGACUGCCGAGAAAAAAUUUUCAUCGAAAAAUACGGGUGGUACUUUUUGCUGGAUUUAAUAAUUUUACUCCGACCACACAGAAGGAAAAAGGUCCGGGGGGGAGGGAGUUACUCCCAUACAUUACCUAUACGGGUAUGUGCCGCCCAACGGGGUCGUGAUUUUGAAGCUUCUGAUUUAGAACGGGGUAUCCAUUUCCGGCAGAGGCGUUUUCUAGAACAGGGUAUAAAAAAUUGUGGAUCACGGCUUUACCUUCUGCUUAAAAUUGUUGCUGAUUAUGAAGAAGCAUUUAUUUGAUGUAUAAGUCGAACAAAUAAAGAAAUAUCUUUUUAAAAAACAGGGCUAUUUCAAUGUACAAACUUUCUAGAACGGAGUAUAAAAAAUUGGCCCAUUUCUAGAACGGGGUAUCAAGUUUAGGGGAAAUUUUUUUAGAACGGGGUGCCAAUUUGGAGUCCCGGCAGGAGCCCAUUUGAUGGGCUCCUGGUCCCGGGCAGCACACACCCACCCAAAAAAUACCCAAGUGCCCCCCCCCCCCCCCCUCCCUGGGCAAAAAGGAAAACACACACACAGACGAGACCAGUCGCAAAAAUCGUUUCCCGCAAAAUAUUUCAAAAAUAUCGCCCAAAAGUUACCUAGGGCGCGAUCCAUUCAACCAAAAUUCCAACCGGUCCGACCGGGAAAAUUGGUCCACCUCAAAAGGUGGACCCGUUUUUUCGAAACUUUUCCGGUUUGACCGAACCGAUCCAUUGAGUUUUGGACCGAAAUUUCCGGAAAUUUUGGUUGAAUGGAUCGCGCCCCUAGACAACUCAGACGAUCAACCAGACCUAGCGCCCAGUCCCUAUAGGCCCAGCUUCCAAGAGUCGCCAUGUUUGGAUUCGACAAUGUCGCCCUUUCGGAAAUUUCUCUUCUGGUCAUUCUAGCUAGCUGAUAUUCUUGGGGGUUUGACUUGACAUGGAAAGUUCCGUGGGUAAGUUGGUAUUGUCUGUUAUUAAAUUGUUCAAUCCAUGCGCAAGUAUACUACAAAUAUUUCUGCCAUUUUAAAAGACGCGGAUUCUAGAAUUUUACCAUGACUUCAAAUUGAAGAAGAUUUGUGCUUUUAUGGUAUCACCGAUCUCAGCGAUCAGACCGCCUGAAAGGUGGAGCUGGUACGGUCACUAUUGUCAUUUCUCAUGCAUUUAAUUCCUUUAAUAUUUGCACGUAAGCAAAAGUCGACAUGUCGACUGGACCAAUAUAUAACUUAAGUCAAUGAAUCAAUGAAGUUGUUUAGUAGCUUAUUUUCAUAUUAAGUAAAAAAAAAAGAAAGCCAACAUUACAUUGAGAGAACGUGGCCAGUCUUUUAACGACUUGUUGCAGUGACCGAAGCCUAAACAGGGCUAUAAUAAUAAUAAUAUAGUAAGCAUUCUUCAGCUACUGUUUAUGUAUCAGUCAAUUCAAAACCGCUCAUGCCCCCCCGGAAAAACCCCCGGGCAUUUGACUUUUUGGAAAAAUUUCGGCGAAAUUUCUCCGUAUGUCAGCAGUUUAAUUAGUCAAAUACCCCACUAGCCUGAGUUGCAGAUGUAAUUUUAAUUUUUUUGUCUGUGAAACAGCACCAAUAUCCUUGUUCUGGGUAGGUUUGAUUUCCGCCGCUCUCUUGGCCCUCCCAGAGAAGAGACGGCUGGACGCGUGAGUGGCCUAUCAUGUCUGUGACGUAAAUUCAAAAUUUCAUUUAAUUUAUGCAUCAUUACCAAACACCGGAAAUGGGAAAUGUUGUUAAAUACCAAAGACUUGCUGUGCUUUGCCUCUUGGUUGCUUUGGUAUUCACCAUAAAAAUCAGCAGAAACAUGUACUGAUUUCAGAUGUUUACAUUGAUCUUUCUUUAGUGAAGUUUGGAGUGAAAUUACCCCAGAGAAAUGGACUUGACAGUCAUCUCCUUCACAUAAGCUUUCAACAACCAUCGCUACAGACUGGAAAAUAAUUAAUGAUCCACAAUCUGUUGGUUGAAUUUCAAAAACAUACUUACCAUUUGCCAACUUCUCUAAGAUAACGCUUUUCUUUGUAAAUAUUUCAGUUUUUACGGGGGGUGACAGCUCUAACAAGGGCUGUUUCGGGAGAAAAACAAAUUUAUUCCGGGAAUCGGGAAACCUGGGAAAUUUUUCGGGAAAUAUGAGAUACUUUCGGGACAUUGGGCAAAGAUUUGAUAUUACAUGUUAUCGAACAAUUUUAUACAGUGAUAUGCACCCAGUGUAUGCGCUGUAUUCUAUGUAUUUUGACACUUGAAAACGGCUGAACUCCCCAUGAUAUGAAAAGAACAAUCAGCAACGUUUCCAACUAAAAUAGCAUGAAGUUCGAGUGCGAUUGACCACGUGCAAUCCCCAGCAGAUCGACACAAGAACCGUACCGGUGCAAGGUACAUACUAUCAGUUCACACCAGAUCCCAUCAUUCAUUAGUUCAGGGGUAUUUUUACGCUGCACGUAAAUGAGUUUUAAGAGCACAUUCCACUGAUUGCAUGCUGGAAAACUUGAAAGAAGUACGUUAGAAGUAUGUAAGAAAAAAACGAAACUCAUUUAACCUCGUUAGACACAAAUGAGGCCAUAAAAAGUAGUAUGUCUGUGAAUAGCCUGCGUAGCAAGCGUUUCGUCGCGAGGUUCGUCUAGAAUGCUGGGACAAGAGCAAAAAAAAAAAAUGACUGUGAAGACUCUUUAAUCAUCCUGAUUUCGUCGGGGUCCUUCCGAUUUUGCUCGAAAAUCCCGAAUCUCGAUCUAUAUGCGUUCGGGAUAGGAAACUUUCAGAUUUCGACGGUUGUUCUGAAAUUUUUAAAUGAAUUCUUAUGAUACUCAUACAAUGACACCACACAGAGUGUACUUAGCUGAAAGUGAUAUCCAAAGCAAUUUCAAAACCGCACAACUUGUAUAAAAUAAAAUUGACUACUUCUACGCGAAGUCACGCCAAUAAAAAUAAGCAUAAAAAGGACAAUUGAUUUAGAGAACAUUUUGGACAGAAUUUGUCCUCUCAGGACACUAGAAAUGGCGAUUCAGAGCACCAAGAUUUCAAAAUUUUCUGGGAGAGCAUGUCCCCAGACCCCCCUAGUGGUUGGCCCCUUCACUGCUCGCCUGAUUCAUUGGUGAUUAAAAAACAAAAAAGCACGAUUUUAUAUACUUAAAAAGUUUGCAGUCUUUCUGUGUUAACAUGAUACCCUCUAAACGAAAAUAUAACUAAGGUUAGAUAAUUAACAAGUUACAUAAUUAAUAAGAAGCUGCAAAAAAUCUCUAAUCAAAAAAUCUCUAAUCAAAAUUUUAAUUUUAAUUGUUAAAACAAUUUUGGGAAGUUAAACAUUUAUGGGGAAUGCCACCGAUAAAUUCGGGAGGGUCGACGAAAUUUCCGGGAGGACAUAAAGUUAUUCAUAGGACUGCCCAAACAGCCUUUGUUAGAGUUUUCACCCCCCGUAGUUUUUAAAGUUUUAAAACGAUUGCACGCCACAUCAAACAACACCUUUGCAUCCACCGUUUGAAAUCUGCUCCAGGAACAUAAAGUUAUGCUGCCUGCUGGAUUUGAGCAGGCAACGAUCUGAUUGGUGGUAAUUGACAAUAGCAAACUCAUACAUUUGUACAUCCAGCUGUCUAUUCAGGGGAGGAGUGAGACUCAUUUCCCAAACAGCUGCUGGGAAUCGAGCCAAUGGUCUGGGUCCCCAGUGGACUCAACAAAUUACCAAAAGUGCAUUUUAAAUUUUGUUUUAUCUUCAUUGGCAAAUUGACAAUGGCUUUUUUAAUAGGCCAAUCAUAGCACUUACUCAAAUCCUGGUACUCUGCUGGGGGCCCUGAACAAGGAUUUCGGUGCUGUUUCAGGGAGGGACUUAACAAGAGUUUAGUUAUGUCUGUGACACAGGCUGAUGCCCCAACAGUUAGUGUUUCAAAAAGCGUCAAAUCACCCAUGCACCAGUGACUAUUCAAAAAUUUUCCUGUGCGAAAAACCAUUUGUUCAAGUGGAAUACCCAACUAAGUGCAACUGAAAUAUCUAAAGUCUUGGAAAGCUGUCAACUGGUACAUUUGUAUCUCAAAUUCUCCAAUUUUUAAACUGCAAACCUCCCAUUGGCCUGCAUAGCAAGUAUGUGUUUACUCAAUGUGUAAGCAAAGCCCAUUUAAGUGGCUGGGUCAACAGCACUACAACACUGUUAUGUACUAUGUUGUUGUUGGCAAGCCUGACUCAUGCUUUCCACAAAUGCUUUUCUCAAAGUUUUGCUUCUAAGAGUAAAUAAAUUACUUAGUGACCAACCUUGUUCAUAUGAUAUUCUGUAAGUGAAGGUUCUUUAUAGAUUUCUUGUGGUAAAAGUUGUUUCUCUAUCAGUUGCCAGUGUUUGCAGUUUCAUGGGAAUGUUUUAUGAGGCCAUGUUAGGGUAAAAUUCUGACAAAUGAUAUAGGCUUGAAACGGUGACAUAGGACAGCAGAAAUGGCAACAAACGGCACAGAAUCAUUGAGAGAACGUGGCCAGUCUUUUAACGACUUGUUGCAGUGACCGAAGCCUAAACAGGGCUAUAAUAAUAAUAAUAUAGUAAGCAUUCUUCAGCUACUGUUUAUGUAUCAGUCAAUUCAAAACCGCUCAUGCCCCCCCGGAAAAACCCCCGGGCAUUUGACUUUUUGGAAAAAUUUCGGCGAAAUUUCUCCGUAUGUCAGCAGUUUAAUUAGUCAAAUACCCCACUAGCCUGAGUUGCAGAUGUAAUUUUAAUUUUUUUGUCUGUGAAACAGCACCAAUAUCCUUGUUCUGGGUAGGUUUGAUUUCCGCCGCUCUCUUGGCCCUCCCAGAGAAGAGACGGCUGGACGCGUGAGUGGCCUAUCAUGUCUGUGACGUAAAUUCAAAAUUUCAUUUAAUUUAUGCAUCAUUACCAAACACCGGAAAUGGGAAAUGUUGUUAAAUACCAAAGACUUGCUGUGCUUUGCCUCUUGGUUGCUUUGGUAUUCACCAUAAAAAUCAGCAGAAACAUGUACUGAUUUCAGAUGUUUACAUUGAUCUUUCUUUAGUGAAGUUUGGAGUGAAAUUACCCCAGAGAAAUGGACUUGACAGUCAUCUCCUUCACAUAAGCUUUCAACAACCAUCGCUACAGACUGGAAAAUAAUUAAUGAUCCACAAUCUGUUGGUUGAAUUUCAAAAACAUACUUACCAUUUGCCAACUUCUCUAAGAUAACGCUUUUCUUUGUAAAUAUUUCAGUUUUUACGGGGGGUGACAGCUCUAACAAGGGCUGUUUCGGGAGAAAAACAAAUUUAUUCCAGGAAUCUGGAGAUUUUGCCGGGAAUCGGGAAACCUGGGAAAUUUUUCGGGAAAUAUGAGAUACUUUCGGGACAUUGGGCAAAGAUUUGAUAUUACAUGUUAUCAAACAAUUUUAUACAGUGAUAUGCACCCAGUGUAUGCGCUGUAUUCUAUGUAUUUUGACACUUGAAAACGGCUGAACUCCCCAUGAUAUGAAAAGAACAAUCAGCAACGUUUCCAACUAAAAUAGCAUGAAGUUCGAGUGCAAUUAUUGACCACGUGCAAUCCCCAGCAGAUCGACACAAGAACCGUACCGGUGCAAGGUACAUACUAUCAGUUCACACCAGAUCCCAUCAUUCAUUAGUUCAGGGGUAUUUUUACGCUGCACGUUAACAAGUUUUAAGAGCACAUUCCACUGAUUGCAUACUGGAAAACUUGAAAGAAGUACGUUAGAAGUAUGUAAGAAAAAAACGAAACUCAUUUAACCUCGUUAGAAACAAAUGAGGCCAUAAAAAGUAGUGUGUCUGUGAAUAGCCUGCGUAGCAAGCGUUUCGUCGCGAGGUUCGUCUAGAAUGCUGGGACAAGAGCCAAAAAAAAAAAUGACUGUGAAGACUCUUUAAUCAUCCUGAUUUCGUCGGGGUCCUUCCGAUUUUGCUCGAAAAUCCCGAAUCUCGAUCUAUAUGCGUUCGGGAUAGGAAACUUUCAGAUUUCGACGGUUGUUCUGAAAUUUUUAAAUGAAUUCUUAUGAUACUCAUACAAUGACACCACACAGAGUGUACUUAGCUGAAAGUGAUAUCCAAAGCAAUUUCAAAACCGCACAACUUGUAUAAAAUAAAAUUGACUACUUCUACGCGAAGUCACGCCAAUAAAAAUAAGCAUAAAAAGGACAAUUGAUUUAGAGAACAUUUUGGACAGAAUUUGUCCUCUCAGGACACUAGAAAUGGCGAUUCAGAGCACCAAGAUUUCAAAAUUUUCUGGGAGAGCAUGUCCCCAGACCCCCCUAGUGGUUGGCCCCUUCACUGCUCGCCUGAUUCAUUGGUGAUUAAAAAACAAAAAAGCACGAUUUUAUAUACUUAAAAAGUUUGCAGUCUUUCUGUGUUAACAUGAUACCCUCUAAACGAAAAUAUAACUAAGGUUAGAUAAUUAACAAGUUACAUAAUUAAUAAGAAGCUGCAAAAAAUCUCUAAUCAAAAAAUCUCUAAUCAAAAUUUUAAUUUUAAUUGUUAAAACAAUUUUGGGAAGUUAAACAUUUAUGGGGAAUGCCACCGAUAAAUUCGGGAGGGUCGACGAAAUUUCCGGGAGGACAUAAAGUUAUUCAUAGGACUGCCCAAACAGCCUUUGUUAGAGUUUUCACCCCCCGUAGUUUUUAAAGUUUUAAAACGAUUGCACGCCACAUCAAACAACACCUUUGCAUCCACCGUUUGAAAUCUGCUCCAGGAACAUAAAGUUAUGCUGCCUGCUGGAUUUGAGCAGGCAACGAUCUGAUUGGUGGUAAUUGACAAUAGCAAACUCAUACAUUUGUACAUCCAGCUGUCUAUUCAGGGGAGGAGUGAGACUCAUUUCCCAAACAGCUGCUGGGAAUCGAGCCAAUGGUCUGGGUCCCCAGUGGACUCAACAAAUUACCAAAAGUGCAUUUUAAAUUUUGUUUUAUCUUCAUUGGCAAAUUGACAAUGGCUUUUUUAAUAGGCCAAUCAUAGCACUUACUCAAAUCCUGGUACUCUGCUGGAGGCCCUGAACAAGGAUUUCGGUGCUGUUUCAGAGAGGGACUUAACAAGAGUUUAGUUAUGUCUGUGACACAGGCUGAUGCCCCAACAGUUAGUGUUUCAAAAAGCGUCAAAUCACCCAUGCACCAGUGACUAUUCAAAAAUUUUCCUGUGCGAAAAAUCAUUUGUUCAAGUGGAAAUAUCCAACUAAGUGCAACUGAAAUAUCUAAAGUCUUGGAAAGCUGUCAACUGGUACAUUUGUAUCUCAAAUUCUCCAAUUUUUAGACUGCAAACCUCCCAUUGGCCUGCAUAGCAAGUAUGUGUUUACUCAAUCUGUAAGCAAAGCCCAUUUAAGUGACUGGGUCAACAGCACUACAACACUGUUAUGUACUAUGUUGUUGUUGGCAAGCCUGACUCAUGCUUUCCACAAAUGCUUUUCUCAAAGUAUUGCUUCUAAGAGUAAAUAAAUUACUUAGUGACCAACCUUGUUCAUAUGAUAUUCUGUAAGUGAAGGUUCUUUAUAGAUUUCUUGUGGUAAAAGUUGUUUCUCUAUCAGUUGCCAGUGUUUGCAGUUUCAUGGGAAUGUUUUAUGAGGCCAUGUUAGGGUAAAAUUCUGACAAAUGAUAUAGGCUUGAAACGGUGACAUAGGACAGCAGAAAUGGCAACAAACGGCACAGAAAAAAACAUAAAUACAAUAGUAAAGUACCAAUGGCGACAUGGCUUCCUCCACAAUGUGCGAAAUAACACGUUUUAAAAUUCAGACUAAGGACAUAGAUACUGUAAAAUAUGACCUAAUAAACACCUGUGGCUGCAUCUAUUUAAUUUUAGGGGUUUAAGUGGGGGUAUUUAAUGGAUAGGAGGUGUUUAUUCUCAUAACUGUUUCAAACUCAGCAAAUCUAAUAUGCUGUCUGCAAAAUUAUUAAGAGAGUUUAAAAAUAGUGGAAUAUCCACUCCAUGAAUUGAUAUGCGUACAUCUUCUAGAAAAAAUAGAGAUCCACAUUGCUCUUUCAAAUCCCAACAUUGAUGUCAGAAUCCUCGCUGCUAUUGUGUUGCAUCAUUAGUCUAUCCUUACUUUGAACUUGAAAUUGAACACAAUGAAAUACACAAUGCUUUGUUAAUCAAGUAAGAAAGUGAAUGAAUUGAAUGAUAUAGCUCCUUUUUGCUUUCCUAGUAUUUUGGAGUAAUUCUCACUGGGGGUGUCUAUUAGACAGGGGGCGCUUAUUAGAGAGGGUUGUCUAAUACAAUUUUAACUGCAUAGAGUUAUUAGAUAAGAGGUGUUUAUUUGAAGGUGGGCCUUUACUAGGUCAUUUACUAUACGCCCCUUAAGCAGGCAAGGGUAGGCAAUAUUUUUAGAAAAAAAGGGGCAAAAUUGUUUUUUCUCUGGAAGGUUUUUCUUAGCCUGCGAUUACAGCCUAUUUCUCCUGUCCGGUAUCUGGUCAGUAGCUCUGAUUGGUUGACAUAGUAGUUGUAUGACAAAGGACAAAAUGCCACAAAGGUCAAUGUAAACAGGGUCAUAAACAUGAGGAUCAACUACAAAAGAUUCAAUCUUCCUGGAAUAUAUUCUUCUUUAGAAAAAGCAGGCGAGGAGAAAUGGCUGUACUGUUUUUGUUGGAUUACCUUUGUCUUCAGAGCAUAUUACAGAGAGAGCUUGAUUCAUAAAGUUUUGUGAAAGCCUAGAGCUCUCUUUAAGUACCUUUGAAAUUCUAGCCUUUCUGUCUUUUUCGAGAAAAUAGAAACAUUCCUUAUUAACUCAAUUUUCUCAAUUUUUUCCUUUAGCUAUUACUCCUUUUAUACUACUAUCUGGGAAAUUUCUGCAAUCUGAUUGGCUCAGAGCAGUGGUAUUUCAGCUUAAUUUGAAAUACCUACACAUGAAAAUUACAAACCUUUUGCAGGUAGUAGUAUAAACAAAAUUAAUAAUAGCAUGAUUUGUAUGUGAUAUUUGGCAUAAAUACCACUAGUGAUAUUUCAAAAUUAUUGUCUCAAAUGUCAUGUGCCUAGCAGCAUGUGAAAUUACAUAUAACAAUUUUGAAAUAUCACUAGUUGUAUUUAUGCCAAAUAUCACUACAAAUCGUGCUAUUACCUAUACUUAUACUACUACAUGAGAAAUUUCUGCAAUUUGAUUGGCUUAGAGCAGUGGUAUUUCAGCUUAAUUUGAAAUACCUACAUGUGAAAAUUACAAAACCUUUGCUGGUAGUAGUAUAAACAAAUAAUAGCAUGAUUUGUACGUAAUAUUUGGCAUAAAUACCACUAGUGAUAUUUCAAAAUUGUCUCAAAUUUCACUCACCUAACGGCUCGUGAAAUUACGUAUAACAAUUUCGAAAUAUCACUCGUGAUAUUUAUGCCAAAUAUCACUACAAGUCAUGCUAUUACCUAUACGAAUAUCAAAUGUCAGAGUAUAUGUCGAACUUAUCAAUAAAAAUUUGGCUUUCAUGAGAAGUAAUAACCAAGACUUUUGUACAGUGUAAGUCUGUGUCAUGAUUGAAAAAAAUUUCAAUUUAUCCUCCAGCUUUUACCAUUGAUCCUGAUAAUUAUUACAGUGUAACUUUCUAAUAAAAUACAGUCGAUGCUCUCUUUGCCACCACUCUUGUUAGCGACCAGCUCUAGUUAGAAGCACCUUUGCAAAACUCCUGUCAGUGACGUUUCUGUUGCUUUCACCACCAUUGUUGCUAGAGCUCCCUAAAGGUUCCCUCCCGAGAACAUGGAGUAAAAUUACGUCAUGUUGUUUACAAAGUUUGAUUGGUUAGUUAUCUUUUCUUCUCGUUCCAAAUGUGGUAGUAGCAAAAAUGAAUAUUCAUCAGCUGUGGACCAAGCAAACAUAAUUGUGAGAGUUGCACGUUUCAACCCCUUAUGAGUUUCUGACGGCUUCAAAAUCGUCUGAUGUAGAUCAACUCAUUCUUGCAUAAUAUCAAUAUUAUAAUAUUUUUUGCAUAAUACUAGUCAUGUCUAUAUCAGAUAUAAAGACACUCGUUAAGCAUUAACUUCUUUUGUUUUUUCUUUACCAUGCGGUUGGUUACAAGAGCUCAUUCUUGUAAGUGACCAACUCUAGUUACAACCACUUUUUUGAAUUGUGGUCACUUACCAGAGCUUUGACUAUAGUAUUAUUGCUUUUUCAGUUAAUUCCACAUUAUCAUUGUAGAAGAAGGUGUGUUACUAAUAAUGAUAAAUAAUUAUUAAUAAUAAAUAAUAAAUUAUUAUUAACUCAAAGUAUUUUUAGUUGCUUAAAAUGAUUAUUUUGUGACUGUUACAGAUUCAAAAUCAACAGAAAAAGUGAGAUGACACUAAAUGUGACAUUAGCCUCUGACAGUGAUGGUUGGAAUAAAAUUGUUAAUGAACAGCUAGUGGUUGAAUUGGCCAAGGACAAACGACUUAAAGUAAGUGGAUUUGUCCCCCGUAAUACACAGGAACAGAAAGAUCAUGCAGAGAGUAUAAACAUCAAACUUGUGGAUGCCGAGGAUUUCUUUGGUUACCCAGCAAUUGAACUUUUGGCACAUCCUCCUGAUAGUCUUGAUAUUGAUAUUCUGUUGAUACAUUCAGUUGGGCCUGCUCUUGGACGGCAAGCACAAGUUAUAAAGAAACACAAGAAGUGCAAGUGGGCACAAGUUGUCCAUAUAGCUUGUGAGGAUGUUCAUGAAUUCUCAAAAAGUGCAGAUAAAAAUGAUCGUAAACUUCAGGCUGAGUUGUGUGGAAAGGCUGAUGUUAUCAUUGCUAUUGGUCCAAAGGUUGCUGAAGAAUGCAAACGUUUCCUACGCUGCUAUGGAAAGCAUGGAGAUGUCUUUGAGUUAACACCUGGAAUUAUUGAAAACCCUCAUAUUCGUCAAGUAUAUGAAGAUACAGGCACAUUUUAUGUUUUGUUCAGUGGCUCGUGGAUAUAUUUUGAAGCAAAGGGAGGGGACAUUGCUGCCCAAGCAAUCAAGUUCCUCAAUGCAUCAUCCUACCACUUGAUAGUUGCCCUAAGGCCUUGUGAGAGGGAGAAUGAGGAAAAGAUUAAGCAGGCCUUACAUGACGAGGGCAUUGACCAUCACCAAGUCAGCGUAAGAAUCUCUGAGAGUCAUCAAGACUGGUGGAAAUGGCUGUGUGAGGUAGAUCUGAUCAUUAAACCAUCAAGAGCUGAAGGAUUUGGAAUGAGUGGCCUUCUUGCUAUUUCAGCCAACCUUCCUGUUCUGAUCAGCACAUACAGUGGACUUGGUGUUGUUCUGAAGAAGAUGUCCUCUGGGAAAAAGCACGUGGUGGAAUCCAGAGAUCCACAGGUUUGGGCUGACAGAAUACGAGAGAUCAAAGAAAAAGGUAAAGAAACGCGCUGGAUGGAAGCUGAGGAGCUGAGAAAAGAAUAUAUGAUGCAAUUCAGUUGGAAGGAACAGUGCGAUCAAUUGGUGGAGAAAUUUUCUGGAAUGGUCCAGCAAGUUGAUGGUAUGUGAUGUAGAUUUGUUACUUAUUAUUUUUUUAUAUGCUAAAGCAAGGCUUUAAUUUUGGUGGCAGGACUACAAACUGUAUAGCAGAGAAGCACAUAGCUAUAAAAUUUGUUUUCCUAGUGGUAAUAAAAUUCUGUAGGUUGUUAUCAUUAGGGUAUGCACUUUAAACCUUACAAAAUAAUAAGAUUAUACCAACAAUCGUUUUUCUGCUGUCUGUUCAUUUUUUUCUUUGUCUAGUCUAUUUCCAUGAACAGGUUUACAAAUUAAAGGUAGUUAAGAGGAAGAGCAGGAAAAGGAAAAAUUGAAAAAGCAAAAGUGCAAUAGAAAUCUUCCCUUGUAUUUGCGUACUCUCUUCCUUUGAUUUUUCAUAUGCAUGUAUAAAUAAAGUUUAUGUUGUUGUUGUUGAAACUUGCAUACAAGGAACUCUGGGCUGACAUUUGGCCAGAAAAAGUUGUAUAUCAUUUUAUCUAAGUUCUAACAACUCCCUCUCAUGUUUGAGGGACCAUUUCUGCUUAUUGGCACAAAACAGAGGUUCUUAUUUUACGUCAUUGAAUUUUUCUCAAAUUAGUUUUUUAACAACUCUUACUGAGCAAUGACCUUCUUUUAGUUAAAGGGACUAAUCUAGCAAAUAUAUGCCCCCUUCCCUUUUACUUGCAUACUCCAGCACAAGAAUACCCAAAGAAAAGCUUUUUCCUCACUUACUUCUUACUUUAUUUACUGUCAAACUCACCUAGCAAAACUGAGAACACCUGAAAUAUUUUAGGAAUGUUUCUUCUGUUAUGGCCAAUCCCAGCAAAGGACAGUAAGCUAGCCACAAAGCCACACCCUAAUUAAUGCCACUUGUGGUUUAGUUUCGCCAUGCCUUAUUGGUCUUUUACUUGCAACACAAUAACAUUCCAGAAAUAUUUCUGGUGUUCACGGUCUCACUGGUUUCACAGCCAGCAUCAAUUUAGGAGAGCAGCUCAUUUCAGCUUUAAAAAUGUCUAACAAUACCAAUGAAUACGCUUCACGCUAUUGUUGAGAGGGUGCGGCGUGGUAGUUAUGGCAAAAGUUUUCUCUGUCUCAAUUUACUAUCAGUUCUCUGUCCAUAAUAACUCACCAAAAGUGAGUUUCAUUUUGUUAAAAGAUAAACGUACUGAGAAUUACCACCCUCUUUUGUUCCCCCUAUUUUGGUCAAACGUUCAGGCGCUUUGAGUUAAGGAAAUACGGUACUUAUUUACCUCUUUGUUGCUUAUGACUGUGUCAUAUUCUAAUCUUGCAGUUGAAGAUUCAAACCUUGAAAAAAAUGAAAAGGCAAGCCACCAGGAUGAGAGCCAGGCACUAAAGAGGCUGUCCACAAAAGUCAAGGAAAUACCUCUAACUGUGUUUUCCCAGGUCUGUGUGAAGUUGAACGUCAAACAAAUGGGUUUUAAUGACUUCAGAAUGCUUGCAGAGAAAGUUGGAUUAAAAAGGUAUGAGACAGAAAACAUAGAUCAAAGAUAUCAAAACCCCACUGAAGAAAUUGUGAACGUGUGGUCACAGAAGGGACAAGCAACAGUUGCAAAAUUGAUUGAGUGGUUGAAGGAGGAUAGUUUUCAAAGGAUUGAUGUAGUAGAAAUCCUUGAGGGCUGGGUCAAUGAAAGACCAUCGCAGUGA